AUGGUCACGACACUCGCCAUCGUACUCGCCUUCUGGGUGAGGCGACGAAGCACGAUCAAUUCCCGUGAAAGUAUCUUGGACCCCAGUCAGGAGCGGAUCGUGAUUCUCGGUGCGUCGACCACGGACGGAAUCGGUGCCGCGAUCGCGAGCCGGUGCUUGGAUCGCGGAGCGCAUCGUAUCAUGCUUGUUGCGCGCCGCAAACAAUCGCUGUAUGAGGUCAAGGCUGCACUUGUCGCAGCGCAGACCACGCAGUCUGGCCGCAAGCGUGCCGAGCAGAUUGAGCUGGUCGUUGCCAACUGUUCGCGCAACGAUGACAUACUGCACCUCGAGGCAGCCAUCACGCACGAUUUCGGCGGCGUCGAUACACUCUACAUUGUGUUUGGCGCGAUUUGCACUCAGCCUAUGCUUGCCAUUGCCGGAUUGGACCCGCUGAUCGGUGCCACUUCGCCGCAAGUCUCGGCGCAAAGCUUGCUGGAGGUGCGCAAAGCCGUACAGCAGUCGAGCGAUGCCAACCUUUUGGGUACUGCACUGGUGCUCACGGCGCUGGUUCCGCGCUUGCAGACGAACUCCAAGAGCCCGUACGUCGCGAUCAUCAAUUCCGUAGCGGGUCUGAUUGCUGCGCCGACACGCGCAUUGUACUGUGCGACAAAGAGCGCGCAGAUGAUGCUUGUUCUCGGUAUGGCGCUCGAGUGUGAGGCACAGGCAAAGGUGGAAGGGUACAGCAAUGUGCGCUUCGUUGUUAUUUCCCCGGCCGCAGUGCAGACCUCGUUCAACAAGCGACUCUCGCUCGGCAGCGAUAUGGGAUCCAAGUCGGCGCGGUACCCUGUUGGCAAAGCACUCACCUCGGAACAAGUGGCCAUUGCUACUGUGCAAAGCGUGGCGGACAACAAGACGGGUAUUAUCCCACUGCCGCACACCUACUUUUAUAUUUGGCUCCUUGCGCCGUUCUUGCCGGGCAUGUUAUCCCGCGGUGCGCACAAAUUUUACGAUUACUAG